ACUCUGCACCGUGCUCUAAAAACUAGUCUGAGUAAAAUGGCGCUCUUCGUGCGGUCUUUGCGAGCUGCUGUGAAUGCCGGUGUAAGAAUCGGCCAACAAUCAUGGCCACAACCUUUAGUCUUAGGUCUGCAAAAACAAAUAGCCAACUACUCUUUUACUUCCCAUCAGAUACCUACAUUAGCUGUAAACAAGGUCACAAUCAACACCAAAAGAUGUUUCAGCGAUAAACCUCCCAUGUCCAUACCUAUUAUCCAAGACAGGGUUUUGCUUGUUUUGAAACUUUACGACAAAAUUGAUCCUGCUAAGUUGACACUUGAAUCCCAUUUCAUGAAUGAUUUGGGCCUUGAUUCGUUAGACCAUGUGGAAGUUGUAAUGGCAAUGGAGGAUGAAUUUGGUUUUGAAAUCCCAGAUGCAGAUGCAGAGAAAUUGUUGAGACCAGCAGAUAUAGUAAGGUAUAUUGCAGACAAGGAAGAAGUGUAUGAAUAAUAAAAGAGCAAGAAGCCUAUAGAUUAUGAGAUGUGUAGAGGAAAAUGGAAUACAUUUGAAAUGUUCUGUAAA